AUGCCAACAACAUCUGGGCGAUUCACCCUGUCCUCAGCGUAUCAGGAGGUCAGACAAGUUAACAAUAAGUCCAUCAUUUUCUCUCAAAUAUGGGGUUCCAACCUCCCGUUCAAGGUCUCUUUUUUCAUGUUGCGUCUAUUGAGAGGACGGCUACCGUUGGAUGAGGUGUUAUGCACGAUAGGGUUCCGAUUGCCGUCCAAAUGCUUCUGUUGUGCUACGGCCGAGGCGGAGAAGAUUGAAUAUGUCUUUUUCACUGGCCGACUAGCGCUGGAGGUUUGGGGUUUCUUCAAUGCGACUUGUGGUGUCAUUCCUCAGUCUCAAAAUUUACGAGCAUGCCUCCUGAGUUGGUGUCUACUAGCGACUACGUUGGAAGAGUGGCGGUUCGUGCUUGCCAGAUUGCCCAGUUGGAUAUGCUGGAAUAUUUGGAAGGCGAGGAAUAAAGCAGUUUUUGAGGGAGUUGUGCCUCAAAGUCAAGAGCUCUGCAAGGCAAUCUUCAGGGAUAUCAAAGCAACGUUCGAGGUUCAGUUUUCACGAGUUGUAGAUGCACGUGUUUUUCCGGAGAUGUGUGAUGCGAUUGCAAAGCUUCCCUCCCCCAGAUAUGGGUUCACCGUUGUGGGAUGGAAGCCAAGUGCAACUGGGCAGCCGACACUCAACACUGAUGGGUGUUCCAAGGGGAACCUUGGCAUGAGUGGUGGAGGUGGAGUAAUUAGGGAUUCCGACGGGCACCUAGUGUUUGCAUUCUCAGCUUUCCUUGGUGAAGAAACCAGCUUACGGGCAGAGAUUCUAGCGCUAUUAAUAGGACUCCGGUUGUGUGUAGAACGGGGAGUAGCCACACCUUUUGUUCAAUCAGACUCUGCAGUCUUAGUAGGAGUUCUACAACGACGAUUCCAUUGCCCGUGGCAUGUCCAGGCCGAGGUAGAGCAGAUAUGGCAAAUGGUUACGGAGGUGGGCAGGUUUUCGCGCUGUGUUCGAGAGACGAACAAAGUAGCAGACGUAUUGGCUAAUGUGGGGGUCAGGCAUGUCCAGGAUCCGCUUAGAAUUUAUGACACCCUACAGGCGGCUCCGGGUUGA